CAGUGAUGUCAUAGAAAAGUUACCUUUAUAUUCCAUCCAUCAUGUCAUAUUUAAUGGGACAGCUACAGUGAUCCACCUGAACCAAAAGGAGAAGGUCAUCAGCAAGUCUCAGAUAUUAAUCAUGGUGCAGAGGAUUAAGAACAUGAAAGAACUGAAAGAAUUGUUCAGCACUGCUGGAGACAGGCUUAUAGUCAUAGAGUAUUCAGCACGGUGGUGUGGCCCCUGCAAAACAAUUGCUCCUGUUUUCCGGGCAAUGUCUUUAAAAUACAAAAAUGUCAUAUUUGCUCGGGUGGAUGUGGACGCAUCUCAGGAAUUGGCUCAACAUUUUAACAUCAAAGUAGUACCCACAUUCCAGAUGUUCAAGCACACCCAAAAGGUCACUCCAUUCUCAAGACUCAAAAGGAUACUGUGCUGUCUCAGAAGUGGACCAAAGUUCAAGAAGCAUUGCCCCGUGGACUGUUUCCUGUUGGUCUCUUGCCUGAUGUUCUGUGGGAAGAAUGUAGCAUUACAAGACCUUGCUCGACACCCUUGCAGUAGCAGGAACUGUGUUACUUCCAUUCUUUUUAGUCAACCUUGCUCUGGGCAUGUUCCUUGGGGAUCUAUGUGGAAGAUGGAUGGCUCCAAGGAAACAGACCAGACAGAAUAGGACUGACUGGUACAUCUACUACAAACCUUCAGACCCCGUAGCAGGACACAUAAGACCUGCACAUGUUCAAGCCAGACGAGGUCCCAGCACUAAGAGGGGGCACAGGCUGCAAUCACUGAGACACUAUCUGCAAUGUAUACCCAUUGGCAAGGGAAAAAAAUCAGUUUCCAUUAAGGGGCAUUUUUUUAACCACAUUUCAAGGCAGGCCCCAUGCUCUGGACUAGUUGAUCAACAAGAAAUUAACCCGA